GCUCUCCCUCAGCCAGUAAACUCCUCUAAACUGGCCGACAGUGAACAUGAGGGAAAUGCAGCGAGCAGCAGUAACACAUCGGACCAGGCUGGAAUGAUAGGCUGGAUUGUGCAGGGACUGGGAAAAGUGGUUCCACAGGCAGAUGAGAAAUACAAGGGUCACACAGAGCCGGAGGAGGUCACUGAGCCUGCAGUUCCAGUGGUUAAAGUGGAUCCUCCAGUGCAAAAGGUCAAAGACAUUCGUGAUGCUGAGCUACUGCCUCAUAUUCCUGUGGUGGAGGUUGUGUCUGAUGAGGAGCCAGACGCUGCUAACGUGCCCUUCUCUCCCAGGGUAAUAGAAUGGAUUAAGCAUGGUUUUGAGAAAGUAGUUCCUCUGUCUCCUGUCCAUCUUCGUCCUCCCGCUGGCACAGAUGCACCUGCCCAGAAGGCUGCUUCUGCACCUGUGACUCCCUGUAAACAAGAGCCAGCACCUGCAGCUCCUGAGCAAACUAAAGUAGCUGAGGAUUCCAAAGGCACGAAUAUGGUUGGCUGGAUAGUACAGGGGCUCGGACACAUCAUACCACAACCAGUACAGAAACCAAAAGAGGACAGCUCUGAUAUCAUUCAAAACGUCUGCAUCCUGCAGGACCCGUGUGAUAUGGUGCUGGAGGAGAUGGACUCAGACUGGGAGGCCCAGCAGAGGGAGCAGGGCUCGGGGCAGGAGGGCUCAUCCCUGCUGCAGGUGCUGCCCAACAUCCUGCCGCACGUGCUGGCCAUGCAGGAGCAGGAGGACGCAGAGACCCAGACUGAGCGCUGGACGCCUCUCAUUGAGAGCAUUAAGAAGGACGCGGAGGAGACUGCUGUAGCAAACAUAGAGGAGAGGCUUCAGCAGGAGCGUGUGGAAGCGGCUCGUAUGGCGGAGGAUCUGGCCCGGCAGGCUGCAGAAUUGGCCUUCAGACAGCUGGAGGAAGAGCACACCACGCAGAUCAUCAUUGACACGAAAACUGAAGAGCCGGACAAUGAGGAGCAGAAAAUGUUGACCAAAGAUAAGAAGCCUGCAGAUGAGAAGGGCCAGGCUAAAGAGACGGGUGAGGUCAUCCCGCAGCGGCUGGAGACGCCCAAAUUAUACAAGGCUGCACUGGAGGUUGGCACAGGAGAGACUUUUGCCAAGCUGAAGGUGGCAUAUAAGGGAGCAACUCUAGAGCCGGUCCAGCGGUGUGGUCUACUCGGCCCUGCGGUCAUGUACGGCACACGAAAGACCUGGGACGUCGGCCACACUCCCUGCCUGCAGGAGCUCUGGAACAAAGACCUCUCAUUGGAUGUUUCUGCAAGUUCCCUAGAUAUCCUGAUGAGUAAUGGUGAGGAGGAGAGCUCCUUCCUCUCGUUGCCCAAAUCUGUCCUUCAGCGCCACUGUUUGACCUCUGACCUCUCUGAAACGGCCACCUCAGAACAGCAGCAGCUGCUCAUACAGAAGGUUACUUUGUCCUGUUCCUGGACGUCUGCCUACACACUGCAAGAGAGAGUUUGUGAGUUCCAGGCACGUUUGAGCAGCGAAGACGCCGCAAAAAGACUCCUGCUACAGCGACUGCAGACACACGACCACCAGCUCAACCAAGACAACCACCAGAACGAGGAACAUUUGUCCAUUAAUCAAGAACCUCAAGAGCAGCUCAGACUGCAGGACGGCCAGCUCAUCCAAGCUGCGUCACCUACAGGUGUGAGGAGCUCUAGUGUUUUGAGACAGAAGCCUGUGGAUUUUCCCAGUGCUGUACAAGUGAGUAAAGUUCACUCACAGGAGCAACUGCAAAAAGACGAGGGAGAAAAACUCGCUCUCAUUACAGGGCUGCACACACAGGUCAAGGAGCUGGAGGAGAAACUAGUGGAUCAGACGCAGGAGGUGGAGAGACUGCGCUCUGAGCUGGGGGCGACAGAUCUGGAGAAACAGCUCGAGGUGCUGGAGAGUGAGAACCAGCGGCUCAAACAAGAGCUGAGGGCCAGUCAGACCCAGACCACCUGCUCUACUGGCCACUGCCCACACAGCCAGGAUGUGGAGGCCCUGCGCGGAGAGCUGUGUCGUAAGGACGAGGAGUGCCGCGAGCGGGAGCGGCGACUGGCUGCGCUGGAGCAGCAGGUGCAGGAGAGGACGGGUGUAGUAGUUCAGCUGCAGCAGCAGCUGGAGGAGGCGGCGCAGCACAGACAGGAACUCCAGCAGCAGCUGGAAGAGGCGUCACGUCUCAGGAGCCAGAGAGAGGAGCAGCUGACCUCACGGCUUCGUGAUGCUGAGGAGGCUCUGUCUCGCCAGGCUGCUCUGACACCACAGGUCAAGUAUGUGACCAAGACGGUUGAAGUGGAGUCGGCCCAGUGUAAGCAGGCUUUAAUGGAGGCUCAGGGCCGUAAUCAGGCGCUGCAGGAGCAGCUGAGUGUUCAGAGGCAGCUCCUCAGAGAGCUGGAGCAGCAGCUGCACGAGUCCCAGAGAACCAGCAGUCAGCUCCGCCAGCAGCUGAGGACGGACCACGGCCGUCUGUAUGGCCUGCUUUUCAAGGCGGUGGGUGGGGGUAACACCGAGGUCACCCACAGGCUCUCCAAGAUCCUGGUGUAUGAGGAUGAGAUGGAGAGAGCUCAGGGUCAGCUGGAGGCAGAGAUGCAGAGUCUGGAGGAGGAGAAGAACAGAGUGAUCGAGGAAGCUUUCAUCAGAGCAGAGAGCGAGAUGAAGGCCGUCCAUGAGAACCUAGCAGGUGUGCGGAUGAACCUCCUGACACUGCAGCCGGCCCUGAGAACUCUCACCUGUGAUUACAACUGUCUGAAGAGACAGGUGCAGGACUUCCCUUACAUGCUGGAGAAAGCCAUCACCGAGGCGAAGCAGGAGAUCUGUCAGGUGAUUGGAGAGGUGAGCAGUGCAAACCAAGAGCUGCUGCGCAAAUACAAGCGGGAGAUGAACCUGAGGAAGAAAUGCCACAAUGAACUGGUGCGCCUCAAAGGAAACAUUCGUGUGUUGUGCCGAGUACGUCCCGUAUGUGCUGGAGAAACAGAUGCUGCUGACACCAAAAACAUAGUGACCUUUGACCCUGAUGAUGAUGCUGUUCUGUACUUGUCUAAUAAGGGCAAGCUCAUGACCUUUGAACUUGACAAAGUCUUUCCCACUCAGGCCACUCAGGAGGAGGUGUUCCAGGAAGUGCAGUCUCUGGUCACUUCCUGUAUUGAUGGCUUUAACGUAUGCAUCUUUGCCUAUGGGCAGACUGGCUCUGGAAAGACCUAUACUAUGGAGGGUGUCCCUGAAGACCCUGGCAUUAACCAGCGUGCUCUGCGGCUGCUCUUCUCUGAAGUGUCGGAGAAAAAGCCUGACUGGGACUACAAGAUCACCGUCAGCAUGGUGGAAAUCUACAAUGAGACCCUUCGGAACCUGUUGGGCGACAAUCCGAAUGAGAAGCUGGAUAUAAAGAUGUGUCCAGACGGCAGUGGACAGCUGUACGUGCCAGGACUCACAGAGUUCACCGUGGAGAGCGUGGAGGACAUUAACAAGGUGUUUGACCUGGGUCACAUGAACAGGGCGACAGCGUGCACUAAUCUAAACGAGCACAGCUCUCGCUCUCAUGCCCUCCUUAUUGUCACAGUGGCAGGUUUCAACUCUUCCACGGGCCACCGCACCUCAGGUAAACUCAAUCUGGUGGAUCUGGCUGGUUCCGAGCGGAUUGCCAAAUCCGGCGCCGAGGGCAGCCGUCUGCGCGAGGCUCAGUGUAUCAACAAAUCACUGUCUGCGCUGGGCGACGUCAUCAACGCCCUGCGCUCCAAACACUCGCACGUGCCCUUCAGGAACUCCCGCCUCACGUACCUGCUGCAGGACUCGCUCAGCGGAGACAGCAAGACCCUCAUGAUGGUGCAGGUGUCUCCUCUAGAGAGUAACGUCAGUGAGUCGGUUUGCUCUCUGAAGUUCGCUCAGCGUGUUCGGACUGUUGAGAUCGGGCCCUCGUCUUCCUCACGCCGCCAAGCGGAGAACUCCUCAACAUCCUCCUCUCCAACUCAUGAGAGCGUGGAGCUGGACUCUCCUCCCGUGACCCCUGUGCCGCUCCCCAUCUCAAGGGCCAGCAGUGCAGGUUCAACCCUCUCCUCCAACUCUAAAACCUCCACAACCCGGCGGAGGUCCCACAGUCAGCUGUCCACAGGACGAAUGAAGUUGACUGCGUGAGGAACACCUCAAAGAGGGUCCAUCCUCCAAACCUCUCGACCAAUCAGCUCCUUUCUUGAGCGAACCAAUGAAAGACCUUGCUUGCUGCAGGGGAGGAGCUUAACCAGCAAAUCAGGGUUGAUGUUGGGAACUAUAAUGACUGAAGCCAUGUUCCUUUUGAUUGGAGUGACCGACGUAAUUUUACGAUGCCGAUACGUGAUUGAAAACGAUCAACACUCCCGCUGACCUCUCGACAACACCUGCUGCCUCAGGACGAGAAGACCCUUCUGUUAUGGCAAAGUAUUUCUGGGCAAUAACGCACUUUAGUCUAGUCUAGGCUGUCAUUUGUAAUGUUGAUGUUACGUAAAUGCGAUUUGAUUUCUAGAUGCUUGAAUGUACGUGUAUGUAUAUAUUUGUGUGUCUGAGCAAGAUUUUAAUUUUUAUUCCUUGAUCUUGAAGAUUUCUUGCUUUUCUUUCUCUUUUUUUUCUGCAAGAACAAGUAAAAGUUUCACACCCCAUAAGCUUUGAACAAUUCUGUGUUUCAUAGUGGCAAUAAGAAAUAAUGCAAAUGUUCAAAUAUUCAGUAGCAUUUCGUCUUUUUGUAUA